CCUGCCUCAACAAGAGCUGUAAGUAAUUGGUGGUAGGCAUUGUCUGACCGGCGAAAUUUGCUCGCGGCCCAAUCUUAGCCCGUCCCACCCACGGCAAUCUGGGGCGGUCUGAACAUCCAUCCAUCUAUCCAUCCAUCCAUCCAUUCAUCCAUUGUCCGAGGACCUCUUGUUCCGUCUCAUCAUCAUGACGGCCUUUGAGGAGUUUGGCGUGUUGCCCGAAUUGGGCGCGGCCGUAGAUCACAUGGGAUGGAGUUUGCCCACGGAUGUGCAAUCUGAGGCCAUUCCUAUGAUUUUAGGCGGCGGGGAUGUGCUCAUGGCCGCCGAAACCGGAUCGGGCAAGACCGGCGCCUUUUGUUUGCCCGUCCUACAAAUCACGUGGGAGAGCCUCAAAGCCUUGCGUGCCGGCACGCCUACCGCCCGCUCGACCCCCGGGUCCGAGGAUGCCACUCCGACCUCGGAAUGGCGCAUGUCCGUGCUGGAUCGCAGUCCGGCCUUGGCCAUUUCGGCCGAUGGUUUACGUUGCCAAAGCCGACAUCCCAAAGAAUGGCACGGGUGUCGCGCCGGAUUGGGCGUGGCAGGGGCCGGUCAAUGGUAUUUCGAGGCCUAUGUCGAGGAUGAAGGCUUGUGUCGCGUGGGCUUUGCCACCGGUCAGGCCGCCUUGGACCUAGGCACCUGUCCGCAUGGUUACGGGUUUGGCGGUACGGGCAAGAAAUCGAACAACCGCCAGUUUGACGAUUACGGACAAGCCUUCGGGCAAGCCGAUGUUUUAGGAUGCUAUUUGGAUCUGGAUCACGGCGAAAUCGCUUACACUAAGAACGGUGUGGAUUUGGGACUGGCCUUUACUUUGAAGUCGCACCAACUUAAGCAAGCCUUUUAUCCUGCCGUUGUAUUGAAGAAUGCGGAAAUGCGAUUCAAUUUUGGUGAUCAGCCUUGGAAGUACCAGCCUGUCGAAGGCUACCGCGGUUUUAAUCAAUCCCCAGAGACUGUGAUGGUAGUGAAUGACAAGCAACAAAAUGUGGUGGAUCGGAAGAUCGCGGCCAAUUCGCCUCAAGCCAUUAUCAUUGAGCCCUCGCGAGAAUUAGCCGAACAAACGCAAAAGCAGAUUGCCCAAUUCAAGACCAAACUGCCUCAUCCUCCCAUUCGCGAGCAUCUCGUGGUGGGUGGGGUGAGCAUUCAAGACCAAUUAAAGGCCUUUAAGGAGGGCGUCGACAUUGUCGUAGCGACUCCCGGUCGUCUAGAAGACCUCAUUAGUGGUGGCAAAUUGUCCUUAAAGCAGUGCCGUUUCUUCAUCUUGGACGAGGCCGACGCCCUGCUCAAGGCCGGCUAUGAGAAGCUCAUCCAUCGGUUGUAUGAAAAGAUCCCGAAGAUGACCUCGGACGGCACUCGCUUACAAAUGAUCGUGUGUUCGGCCACGUUGCACGACUUUGACGUGAGACGCUUGGCCGACCAAUUGAUGCAUUUCCCGACUUGGGUCGAUUUAAAAGGUCAAGAUUCGGUCCCGGAAACGGUUCAUCAUGUCGUGGCUUGGGUCGAUCCGGCAAAGGAUCAGGAUUGGCGGAAGCUCCUGAAGCAAGUGCCUACCGACGGGGUGCAUCAGCGAGAUGACAAGUUGGCGGGAGAUAAAAAUUCCCGCUCGGAAGCAGUCAAGGUAUUGAAAGCGGAGUACUGCCUAAAAGCCAUCGAGAAACAUCAAAUCGAUUAUGGCUUGAUCUUUUGUCGAACUAAACUCGACUGUGAUAACUUGGAGAAAUAUCUCAAAAAGCGGCAUUCUUGCGUGUGUCUUCACGGAGAUCGAAAACCCACCGAGCGACGCGACAAUCUGCAAUUGUUUAAGGAUAAAGCGGUGAAUUUCCUUAUUUGCACGGAUGUGGCUGCACGAGGCAUCGACGUCAAAGGUCUUCCGUUCAUGAUCAACUUGACCUUACCAGAUGAUAAGGCCAAUUACGUUCAUCGCAUUGGCCGCGUGGGGCGGGCAGAACGAAUGGGAUUAGCUAUUUCGCUUGUGUCCCAAGAGCCCGAAAAGGUCUGGUAUCACGGCGAGUGGUGCAAAAGCCGGGGCAGAAAUUGCUCGAACACUAAUACCGUCGAAAGGGGUGGCUGUUGCAAAUGGUUCGACGAGAAGCAGAUGUUAGCCGAUAUUGAGGAGCAUCUUGGGGUAACCGUUCCUCAAGUUGGCACGGAUUUCGAGAUCCAAACCAAUGAGUUUGAUGGGAAAGUAGUGUAUGGCAAAAAAUUGGAAGACAAAGGCACUGGUUAUCGAGGACAUGCUGAUGUGUUGGCACCAACCCUGGCCAAACUCCAAUGUUUGGAAAAGGACGCUCAACUCAUGUUUCUGGCAAAUUAUAUUUAAUCUUGUGCCAAUAAAAGCCUCUUGAUCUGUG